GUCACACAGUUUAAAUAACAGUGUCAAACAGACGAAUAAGCACGAGACAGGAAGUGUGAAUGUCGUGCAGGAGGCAUCUGAAAAGUGUAAAUAAAGGCGGGAAACAUGGAAAAUACACAUCACAGAGGAGGACACGUGAUGGAGUUCACAGGGCGGACACUCCAGUCCAGCAGGUGGCGGUAAUGCACCUGACGCUGUUUGCUACCGCCAUAAAAAGAUAGAAGAAAAAGGCGGCUCUCGCGCGUGCGCAGUGUGUCCUCAGAGUCGGGAGCAGAAAGAAGAUGGCGGCGCCCGUAGAUCUGGAGCUGAAAAAGGCUUUCUCCGAGCUGCAGGUGAAGAUGAUCGACACGCAGCAGAAAGUCAAGAUGGCCGAUCUGCAGAUAGAUCAGCUGACACGCGUUCAGAAGCACGCCAAGCUGACGCACGCGGAGAUAGCCACGCUGCCCGACAACACGCGGCUCUACGAGGGUGUGGGACGCAUGUUCAUCCUGCAGUCCAAGGAGGAGAUCAACAACCUGCUGACAGACAAACAGAAGACUGCUGACGAGAAGAUCAAAGAGCUGGAGAGGAAGGUGUACCUUGAACGCAGCGUGAAGGAAGCUGAGGACAACAUCAGAGAGAUGCUGCUGUCCCGGAGAGCCCACUGACUAUCAUCAUCAUCACACACACUAUAAUUACACUGUAAUACACACACACACACACACACACAGUUUCCUGUGUGAGUUUUUCACAAUAAAAGCUUGAAGACACUG